AUGAGCGCCGCAUCCUCCAUCUCCGCAAUCCGCAUCCCCGCCACAAACGGCGCCGCAACAGCCGCCGUCAUCUUCGCCCACGGCCUCGGCGACUCCGGCGCCGGAUGGUCCUUCAUCGCCGACCACUACAAACGCGAAAAAUCCCUCCAACACAUCAAGUGGAUCUUCCCCAACGCCCCCCUCCGUCCCAUAACCCUGAACGGGGGUAUGCGCAUGCCGGCAUGGUAUGACCUCACCUCCCUCGAGCGUGUCGAGGAGGCGGAGGAUAGUGUCGGGAUGCUACAGAGUGCGGAGACGAUCCACGCCUUGGUCAAGGAGACGAUCGAGAGUGGGAUCCCCGCCGAUAGAAUCGUGAUUGGUGGAUUCUCGCAGGGAAGUGCGAUGGCGUUGUUGAGUGGUAUGAUUCACAAGGAGAAGUUGGCGGGGAUUGCAGGGAUGAGCGGAUACCUCCCCAUGGCAUCCAAGCUCGUUGAUAUGCGACACCCGCAUAACCAGGAAACCCCGAUCUUCAUGGCACAUGGAACUGCAGACCCUGUCGUUAAAUUCCAGUUUGGGAAGAUGAGUAUGGAGUAUUUGAAGGAGAAGUUGGGGAUGGAGAAGAUUGAGUGGAGGGAGUAUCCGGGGAUGGGGCAUACUGCGGAUCUAAAGGAGUUGGCGGAUUUUGCGAGGUGGCUGGAGAAGGUUGUUCCUCCGAAGAACUAG